GUUAAGAUUAGACCGCCAUAAAAAAGGAAAGUCAAGGUUAAAAAAAGGCCUAUAAAUACAAAACCUUCCUUAAGCUUUCGUCUUCAUCAAAUUGGAAAAAACACAAAUCUCCAAAGUCUCAAUCGUCUUCUUCGUACCCACAACAACAAAACCUUCAGAGAAAGAGAAUCAAAGAGAGCUUAAUUAAGAGCGGUUUCGUAGUUCCAAGUAACCAAGUUUACAUGGUUGAGCUAGACAUCCAGGUUCCAUCAGCAUACGAUCCAUUCGCAGAGGCUAAAGAUUCAGAUGCACCGGGAGCAAAAGAUUACAUUCACAUCCGAAUCCAGCAGAGGAAUGGGAAAAAGAGCUUGACGACUGUUCAAGGGCUUAAGAAAGAGUACAGCUACGAGAGGAUACUCAAGGAUCUCAAGAAAGACUUCUGCUGCAAUGGGAACGUUGUGCAGGACAAGGAGCUAGGCAAGAUCAUCCAGCUUCAAGGUGAUCAGAGGAAGAAAGUGUCUCAGUUCUUGGUCCAGACUGGGAUUGCUAAGAAGGAUCACAUCAAGAUCCACGGUUUCUAAAAACACUUUGGAUCGUUUCUUAUCUAUUUUAUGCGAAUAAAUUGGUGUGAACAUCAUCAUUAGGAGGCGUGUUUUUGGUUUUGCUUUUUUUUUUAAAGGUGUUGGAUAAUUUGAUAUUUUGCAAUGAUAAGUA